ACAUGGAGAACAGUGGACAAACGGUUAACGAGGAAAGUCAUUAGAACACAGGUACAGGGAAAUCGGAAGCCACGGCUUAGAAUUGCGAAUCUUUAAAACAGGAACAGUGAAAGAGUUCGUUCGACAAACAGAGCAGUGCAUCAUCACAAGAGAAGGUCUUGAUCAAAGUCACGAGAGGAAUUAAUAUACAAUGCCUUCGUAUAUUGAAAGCCUUGACCAAAUAGCUGACUGGUCAGUACGUUAUGACGGCAAAGGAAAUCCAUUAGGCUUCGUGGAAAGAAUAGAAGAGCUAUCAGAAAUCUAUGACAUCGACUUAAAUAUAGUCCCAAGGAUGAUGACCAUACUCCUUAAAGAUUGGGCAGCGAUGUGGUACCGUAACAACAAUGAACGUUGGACCCUUUGGUCAAGCUUCAAGGCAGACUUUUUAGAAUUUUUCCUUCCAUAUGAUUAUUACGAAAGAUUAGCAGAACUUCGUACAGAGCGAGUUAAAACAAGUCGAAGUCAGGUACAGGAAGCGAUCAGUCAUCGCCUGAUAAGUAAACACUCAGAAGCGACGUCAUUACCAAAUACCACGAAAUGUAUGCCAACUACAAGAACAGGGCAGCACGUUGAUUACAGUGUGAAUCUGGGGCCACAUGGACCACAAAACAAGAAAAGUUACCAACAACAGAGUAGUUUCAAAGUUAAGCAAACAACAAUACGAAUAAACACCAUUAAAACGGCAACGACACCAUUAUUAUCCAAGUCAACCAUGAUACCAAGCAUGCAACGUCAAAGUAAUCUAGCUCAACUCUCAGUAACAUCGCAAGUAAAUAUGCAGGAACCACAACAUCUACAUUGUUCGAAACUCAUCAAAGAAAGUCCGAAAGUCCAACCACAACAGGAGUUACACACCAUUAUGCCCGUCGAAGUAAAUCCCCAGGUGCGAGAAGCACAAACACAACAGUUUAAAGAAAACCCACUGAUUUCAUCAUUGAUUGGAUUAAAGGCACAGGAUGUAACGCGAAAAGAACCACAACCCGUCGAAGAAAGUCCACAGGUGCUAGACGCACAACCACACUCAGUACCACUACAGGGAAAACCACAAAAGGAGGCAAUUCAUAAAUGCAUCGUAACUCCUCCACAGAUUUCAACGUCUCAUAGGGAAAGUCCAGAAGUAUGUUAUCAACAAGCAUAUGCACAACAGUCGCUAGUUAACUACAAUCAGAAUACGCAACCACGAGAGCAAAAGCAUCAAAUCGAAGAGCAUGACUUAUCAUCACGUCCAGCACUGCCACAACGUUUAAUGAUAGUACCGGAGUCAUCACAUGUCAAUCAUCCAGUACUACCAACUUCUACAAGUUCAGAAUCAUC